UAACUCUACGCUAAAUAUGUAUUUAUAGUAUUGUAUACAUGUAUUACAUUGAAUAAUUUUUAAAAAAGCAAGAUAUCUAGAUCUAAAUAUUUACGUAGAUCUACUAUUGAAUUUUUAAAAGUACCACUUUUUAAUGUUCGAAGAUGGCGGACAGGAGGAUGGAGGUUGAUGAAAAUAAUCAUCAAGGAAUAAAGCAAUAUUAUGUUAGCAAGAUAGAGGAGUUGCAGUUGGUUGUUACUGAGAGAACACAGAAUUUGCGCCGUCUGGAAGCUCAACGAAAUGAACUCAAUGCUAAAGUUCGCAUGCUGCGAGAAGAGCUUCAGCUCCUACAAGAGCAAGGUUCAUAUGUAGGAGAGGUUGUCAAGCCCAUGGAUAAGAAAAAAGUUCUGGUUAAGGUUCACCCAGAAGGAAAGUUUGUUGUUGACAUAGAUAAAAACAUUGAUAUGAAUCAAGUUACUCCAAACUGCCGAGUUGCUCUGCGCAACGACAGCUAUGUGCUUCAUAAAAUUUUGCCCAAUAAGGUUGAUCCAUUAGUGAGUUUAAUGAUGGUAGAAAAGGUACCAGACUCAACUUAUGAAAUGGUUGGUGGUCUUGACAAGCAGAUCAAAGAGAUCAAGGAAGUUAUUGAGUUGCCAGUGAAACACCCUGAAUUAUUUGAGGCACUGGGUAUCGCUCAGCCUAAGGGUGUGUUGCUGUACGGACCACCGGGCACUGGGAAAACUCUGUUAGCCCGUGCUGUGGCUCAUCACACUGAGUGCACAUUUAUUCGUGUUUCUGGUUCUGAGUUGGUUCAAAAGUUUAUUGGAGAAGGUUCCAGAAUGGUCAGGGAGCUCUUUGUUAUGGCAAGAGAACAUGCUCCAUCUAUUAUCUUCAUGGAUGAGAUAGAUUCAAUUGGCUCCUCUAGAUUAGAAAGUGGUUCUGGUGGUGAUAGUGAAGUUCAAAGAACAAUGUUGGAGUUGUUAAACCAACUGGAUGGGUUUGAGCCAAAACAAAAUAUUAAGGUAAUUAUGGCAACAAACAGAAUAGAUAUCCUUGAUUCUGCACUUCUUCGACCAGGCAGAAUUGAUAGAAAAAUUGAGUUCCCUCCACCAAAUGAGGAGGCACGUCUUGACAUUUUGAAAAUUCAUUCCCGUAAAAUGAAUCUUACACGAGGUAUCAAUCUUAGAAAGAUAGCCGAAAUGAUGCCCGGAGCUUCUGGUGCAGAAGUUAAAGGUGUGUGCACAGAAGCUGGCAUGUAUGCCCUCAGAGAGAGGAGAGUCCAUGUGACACAAGAAGAUUUUGAACUAGCUGUAGCUAAGAUUAUGCUUAAAGACUCAGAAAAGAACAUCUCCAUCAAGAAACAAUGGAAGUAAUCUUUACCUUGAAGAAAAUGAUACUUUUGAAAUUAGAUUUGAUUUACCAUUUAAUUUUUCUCUUUUAGAAAUAAAAACCAUAAACUUUAAAGAUUAAAUAUUUUUGAUAUCUGAAAAAACUUAGUUAUUUAUUUAAAAAGAAAAUUAAAGAAAAAAAGAUAGUUUUUUUUAAGUUAGGAAGGCCUAUAUGUAUUUCAGUUUCAGUGUGAAUGGAGUAUGCCUUGAGGUUUUAGUUGUUUGAUGUUUAUUAUUGCUGAGAAAGCUUUUGCUCUUUUUCUUUAAAAAUUUUUCUAACUUGAAGUAAGUUUUUAAAUAAAAUCCUUUUAGGCACAUAAAUUUAUUCAUUACAAAAAAGCAUGACUGUGUUUGAGUGAUAACACUUUUGAAAAGUUGAAUAUUUUGUUUGUUUGUUUGUUUUUAAAUAAAAUAUUUAAUUCACUCUG